GGAAAAGAAAGGGAAAUAAAAGAGUUACAUUGAUAAAAGUGUCAUCCCUUGGGAUGACAAUUCAGAAAUUUCUCUCAGAGUGCUGAGAAAUAUUGAUACAUAUAGAUAGGAAUGGAUCCUUCCCUGAAAAUGCAGAUGAAAACGCUUGGAGCCUUAUUUGCGAUUCAAUAUUUAACACUGAUGGUCGAAGGACAAUGCUGGCGUAAUGGUACCUGUGUCUGUCACUGUGUAGACUGCAGUAAAAAUUGUACAGAAUGUUCGCCUGGAUGGAGUGGUUCUCCCAUAAACAAAUGUCAAAAAGGUAACACUUUGUUUGAAAUUCAUGGCGGGAACGAAAUGAAUUAUCAGACACUGGAUGGUAAUCUUAACACUUCUGUUAAUGUUUCUUACGUUAAUCCAUUUGUGAGAGUACAAUUACAGAGGUCAACAGAAAUUGAUAGAAUAGACAUCACCCUCCGACUUAGGCGUGAUGCAGUUUACACAUUGUAUGUGAAAGAAGAGGUUUUUCGCCGUGACCUUGAAGUCCUCUGCGACACAUGGAUACAUAAUGACACUGAUACAAAGAGAACAAUAACAAUGACCUGCAGGAAACCUCUAAAAGGAAAAUAUAUAGAAAUAGUAUCUCCAAACAACACAGAACUCGAAGUGUUUGAAUUUCAACGUUUCGAAUGCACGGAUGGAACUUAUGGGGAAAAUUGCAGCAACAUUUGUCCAACAGGCUGUGACAAAGAGUGUGACAAAGUUACUGGCAGUUGUGUUUGUCGCAAGGGUUUCUACGGAAAGUCUUGUAGGAAAAGUUGUCCCCAGUCCUGUAAUGAAAGAGGAUGCAAUCCGCUAACAGGCGAUUGUUUGGAAUGCAAGAAUGGCUUCUUUGGUAAUCGAUGUGAAAUAACUUGUCGUGAACAUUGUAAUAAGACGACCGGAUACUGUAAAUGUAAAACAGGUUUCUUCACAGAAAACUGUUCCCUGUCUUGCCACACAAGUUGUUCAAACAAUAAAUGCGACCAAAAGACAGGAGAAUGUCUGUCAUGCAGUAAUGGUUAUUAUGGGAGUACCUGUAUUAAGACCUGUCUUGGAAAAUGUCAAAGCGGUUGCGACAAAUUGACUGGGCUGUGUGUUAAGUGCUCAGAUAACAUAUAUGGUCAUUUCUGCAAUCUCACAUGUCCACAAAAUUGUGCUGGGGAAUCAUGUGUUAGGAAUGGAAACUGUGAGCAAUGCAAGAGAGGAUACAGUGGUUCUAAAUGCAAUGAAACGUGUCCAAGUAAUUGUCAUUGGUGUAGUCAAGAUGGAUACAGUUGUGGAACUUGUAAAGAUGGAUAUUUCGGUGUAACAUGUGCUAAAAUGUGCCCUUCUACGUGUGGAGGAAAUGGAUCUUGCGAUAUUCAAUCAGGUUACUGUCAAACAUGUUCUUCUAAACUUCAUGGCAACUUUUGUGAAUACACUUGUAGUAAAUAUUGUGAUUCACCUGGAAAAUGUGAUCAAUAUACUGGAGAGUGUAAAAGUUGUGUUCCAGGUAGAUAUGGACGAAAAUGCUUAAACAAGUGCAGCGCAAACUGUCUUAAUGUCACCUGUUUCAGCAAUCAGACGUGUGUUCAUGGGUGUAAAGAUGGAUGGUUUGGUGAGCAGUGCAAGCAUGACUGCAGUGCUGUCACGGGAAGCUGUACACAUUGUGGUUUUAUUGAAGGAGAUGAUGAAGUAAAAUGUCUGAGAUGUGAGGAUUCUUGGUUCCUAAACGAAGCAAAAUGUGCCAAGUGUCCCGAAAAUUGUUUAUCGUGUUUAUCAAAUAAUUUGUGCACACAAUGUAAAAAUAAUCUAUUCUAUGGUGUAAUGUGUGAAAAGCGAUGUCACGACGCUUGCAUACGUAAAGAAUGUGAUGUGAAUGGAACAUGUUUGUAUGGAUGUUCUAACGGUAAAUAUGGUAUUGAAUGUGACCAAAAUUGUCCUGAAGGUUGCAGAUUUUGCUACAGUGCGUCUGAAUGCUCGAAGUGUAAUGAUGGUCAUUACGGUGAAAUUUGUCAACAUCUUUGUCAAGAUAAUUGUAAAGUGUGUCAUGAUAAUGCGAGCUGUGAUGCUUGCAAAAUGGGUUGGACUAAUCAAAGUAAAACAUGUAAGACUAGCAAAUUAGGAUGUUCAGAUGUUCCUCAUAUCUGUGCUUUCUGCGAUCAUGGAUUCUAUGGUAAUCAGUGUGAGGAGAAAUGUGAACACUGUAUAAAUGCAACAUGUGAUGACGUAGGAAAAUGUGACAUAGCCUGUAAACCAAAUACCAACGCUAAGCAGUGUGAAGCAUUAAAGGAAUCUGGUAAGAUUUCCUCAUUUCAAAGCAUGUCGGUAAAUCCGGCAAUGAAUGUGAGCAGGAAUGUCCCAAAGCUUGUGGCUACAAUGUUUAUCAUUGUUUCGAGAGUAAUGAUGAUUACAAUGAAAUAAAUCGUUUUUUCUGAAUGUAAAACGCCCAAGCGUAUAGGUUUAUUGUUCUUUGCAAAAAUAUGCAUAAAUAUGAACAGAAAAAUUAAAAAUA